CCACCCUUGCCCACAUUCGAACUUACUCGUGCUAUGACCAGACCACCCUUGCCUCUGCACACCACAACCAGACUCUUGUCCCACCUCCAAGCCACCAGAACUUACGCAGCCACCCUAUGGAACACUCAGCUGCGAGAACUAGUCAGAAAGGGCCUAUUCCAACAAGGCCUCUCUCUCUAUCGUCAAAUGUUCCGUUCAGGCAUUUCCCCGAACGCCUUCACCUUCCCAUUCGUCCUCAAAUCCUGCGCCAACCUCUCUCUCCCCGUCCCCGGCGCACAACUCCACUGCCAUGUGGUAAAAACCGGGUGCGAAUCCGAACCCUUUGUCCAAACUGCUCUCACCUCAAUGUAUUGCAAAUGUUGUAGAACUAACGAUGCACGGACGCUGUUCGAUGAAAAUCCCGAGUCAAGAAGACUUACCGUCUGUUAUAAUGCUUUGAUAGCUGGAUAUGUUCAAAAUUCAUUGUUUUCAGAUGGGUUUGCUAUGUUUCGUGCAAUGAGAUUGGCGGGAAUGGAAGUUAACGCGAUUACAAUGCUGGGAUUGAUUCCGGGUUUUGUUGGUCCAAUGUAUUUGGGUUUUGGGAUCUCUGUGCAUUGUUAUAAUGUGAAGUAUGGUUUGGACACUGAUUUGGCUGUAGGGAAUUGUUUGUUGACUAUGUAUGUGCGGUGUGGGUCGGUUGAAUUGGCAAGGAAGUUGUUUGAUGACAUUCCUGAAAAGGGGUUGAUUACUUGGAAUGCUAUGAUUUCUGGGUACGCGCAAAAUGGCCUUGCUACACAUGUUUUAGACCUUUAUCGUGAGAUGGAAUUGUCUGCUAUAAGUCCCGAUCCUACCACGUUUGUUGGGAUUUUGUCAUCGUGUGCUAAUAUUGGUGCUCAGAACGUUGGUCGUGAAGUGGAACAAAAAAUUGAAUGUGGUGGGUUUGGAUUUAAUCCGUUUCUGAAAAAUGCUUUGAUUAAUAUGUAUGCUAGGUGUGGUAAUUUAGUGAGAGCUAGGGCAAUUUUUGAUGACAUGCCAGAGAAGAAUUUAGUUUCAUGGACAGUUAUUAUAGGUGGGUAUGGAACGCAUGGACAAGGAGACAUUGCGGUGGAACUUUUUGAUGAGAUGAUAGGGAGUGGAAUUCAACCUGAUGGAGCAGUCUUUGUUAGUGUUUUGUCUGCGUGUAGCCAUGCAGGAUUGACUGAUAAGGGCUUGGAUUAUAUUACUGCCAUGGAGUGGAAUUAUGGAUUGCAGCCAGGUCCGGAGCACUACUCUUGUGUAGUGGAUCUUUUAGGUAGGGCAGGUAGACUCAAGGAAGCUAUGGAGCUCAUCGAAUCAAUGACAAUGAAACCUGAUGGUGCUGUAUGGGGUGCCUUAUUGGGUGCUUGCAAGAUUCAUAGAAAUGUGGAGCUAGCGGAGUUGGCUUUUGAGCGUGUCAUCGAGCUUGAACCUACAAAUAUUGGUUACUAUGUGUUGCUAUCUAAUAUAUACUCUGAGGCAGAGAAUUUGGAGGGGGUAUUGAGGAUUAGAGUGAUGAUGAGAGAACGGAAGCUCAAAAAGGAUCCAGGGUAUAGCUAUGUUGAGUAUAGAGGGAGGACUCACCUCUUUGUGGCUGGAAGCAGAAGUCACGCUCAAACAGAGGAGAUUUAUGCAAUGUUAAAUAGGUUAGAAGAUCUAGUGAAGAAACUUGAUAUGCCUGACAAGAAUGAUCAGGAGAGAAAAAUGAAGGACUCAUUAGCGGGAUGGGAGUGCACAGUGAAAAGUUGGCGAUUGCAUUUGCACUCUUAAACACUGGCAUGGGAAUGGAGAUUCUAGUGAUCAAGAACUUAAGGGUAUGUGGUGAUUGUCAUCUGUUUAUAAAGCUGGUUAGCAAGAUUGUGGAUCGUCAGUUUGUUAUUAGAGAUGCAACUCGUUUCCAUCAUUUUAAAAAUGGAAUCUGUUCUUGCAAUGACUACUGGUAAUGAUCUGCACACUCGUCCAAACUUAAUCAAAUGCAUGGAAGAUUACAUGCGGGCAAGUAAAAUUGAUCUGUAAAAGGGUUUUGAUAUUUCUAUAAAGAGUACAAAAUGAGAGGUUUCCAAAGUCCCCUUUUUUCACUAUGACAUAUCGAUACAUAGUUGAGGAGGCCGAUCACGAACG